GUCCUGUGUAUUCGUAUGACAAGUCCACAUCUACCUGUAUCACCACUCACGUUCUGCUGUCUGACCCAUAUGAGAGCAAGAGGGUGUUUGUGGCUGAAUCUUUGAUCAGAGGAGCUGGACAGGGAUUGUUCGCCAAGACAGACGCAGAGCCUGAAACUGUGAUGGCUUUUUACAAUGGAAUCCGCAUCACACACUCUGAGGUGGACAGCCGAGACUGGGCUCUGAAUGGAAAUACCAUCUCACUUGAUGAAGAUACUGUGAUUGAUGUUCCACAACCAUUUGACCAGAUAGAUAAAUAUUGCGCCUCUCUGGGUCACAAGGCGAACCACUCCUUCACCCCCAACUGCAGAUAUGAACCGUGA